AUGCGAGCACUAUGGGCCCAAUUACCCAGGCCUAGACUCAGCGGUUGUCCUCGUCUCCGUUUGAUCGAAACAACCACACCUUUAUUGGUACGCAAGACGACCACAGCUCCGCUCAGACGCCGUCCAACGUUCAACGAUGUAUUCACUAUUUUCCUCGCUCCUGUGCUUGCCGCAGUGCUCAUAGUUGACACCAGCUGGAAAGCAAAGCAAAGAAAGGACUGGGAUGAUAAACUCUUCGGUAUUCAAGAAGAGAUUAAAGAGAUCAACGAACGAGAACGCCGAAUUAGAAAUGUUCUUCAGCUUCGGGGUUCCCAUGGAGGACUGUCCCAUCAGAGACGCGGGUAUUCGACGGCUGCAAGGGCUCGAGUAGACGCGGAAGAGAGAUUCGAUGACGAAGUGGAUGUGCCUUUGUGGGAAGAGGACGAGGAAGAUCGGGGGCCGAAUGUCCACAACUCUGGGUUGCGGAGCUAUGCGAAGCAGAUGGGAGACCUGAAGCCUGCCGAAGUAUACGAAAAUGCAAGGUUCUCACCGGCUGAGCUCGCUGGUUUCCAGAGAUAUCAUCGGCUCAACGCUAUCAUGCUAUCCCUGAGACUACUCCUCCACCUCCAGGUCGGACCGAGCCCCUUCUUCAGUCUCGUUCCAGGAGAGGAUGCUGCUGACCCAGAGAAUGUCGAGUUCUCUCAGGACAGCAACCGACUGAUCGAGAUGUUGCGGAUGACUAGGAAGGAGAUGAAAACAUUCAGACGCCGAGAAGAUCUACUCCGCGCUGCCCCUCGUAUCGAAGCUCAAGCGUCCAGAUCUGAUCUGAACAGUUCUAUCCGGGAUCUGACAGCUGCAUUCCGUGCAGGGAACAUAAACGUGGUCGACCUCACAAAUCGCUUUGGACAAGUACUCUUGGAGAGCACUGACGUCCUGUCUGUAUCCUCAUACAUCAACCUGAUCCGAAGUUUUUCAACCAAUGGGAACUACAGCUUGGCCUACUAUGUUAUUGCAGCCUUGAAGAAAAGCAUGUUGCCACUGAACGAUGACGCAGUGUUCUACAUCCUGUUGCAGAUCGGUCAAGUCUGUGAUUCUCGUUCCCUGAACCACAUUCUACCGGAGAUCACGAGGUCGGAUACAAGAGUCAAUGUUGUCAGCAAAUGGAAAAUAGUGCAUGCAAAUGGCCUAGACCUCCCUGUCCCAGCGUCCUUGAAUGUGAGGUUGCUGCAGGUGUUGAUAUAUGCAGCUCUACGGUGCGAACAACCUGAGCGGGCGGAAGGCUGGCUAUCUUUGUUACGAGAGAUGGACUAUGGUGCCUUCAGGAAAAACCAUUUGUUCAGAAGCUUUCUAACGUACUACACACGACACAGCAAUUGGGAGAAGGGGCAAAUCUGGCUCCGCCGUUCAAUCGAACACGCAUCAACCAUCGCAGCAUACACGUACAAGGGCUUCGUACGCUUGAUCUACCGUAUGCUAGACCUCUGCGUCACAUGUCGGAAAUUGCCUGAAUACACAAUCAUCCUGGACGCCGCGAUCAAGUCUGGCAUAAGUCCGCCACUACCCGCCCACAAUCCCAAUAUGCGUAAAGUCAUGUACGCUCGGGGAUGCAGCAUUCUAAACGAGUGGGCGUCUCUUCCUAUCUCUGAGGAGGCUAUCUCGCUCAAGCCUGUGGAGAAGGUCGAAAUGUUUGUGAAAGAGUGUAGUGUUUUCUUGAACCACAUUUCUGAAGCAAAAAAAUCGGCUUCGGAUUUGUCAGAGCAGAACGAUGAUGGCGACUUGGUAUUUGUACCCUCGACUCGCCAAAAUUCUCUAAGGUACGCCGUUCGCCGGCAGCUGAAAUCUGACCAGCCUACCCUAGAAGACGGCACCCACUCGAGCGAAAUGACGAUUGGUGAGCAUGCGAGGAUCAACAGUAGGUUCUUGCAUCUCAACAAUUCCAUAUCUCAUCUGAAGGCCAGCGUGGACAUCGCUGAAGCACGUUAUAAAGCUGCUUUGGAAGCAAACAACGAGCAAGCAGAUACCAUCACUCAACUAGCGCUCACGGCGAGUGAGUUGAGAGGGCAGCUUCAAAAGGUGAAGGAUAGUGAGCGUGACCGCGCAAAGAGAAGUGCAGAACUAGAGACCGAGUUGCGAGAAAAGCUGAACGUUGCUGAGCGGGAGAGAGCACAAGUGAAAGCUCAAAUGGAAGAGACUGUGGCUGGAUUCGAGCGACAAUUACAAGAAUCUCGAGCUCUUCUGAAGCAUAUGCAACAUCUGAAUCAAUCCUCUAUCGAAGAACAAGCCCAACUCAGGAAAGAACUAUCAGAGUUGAGAGCAAUCACCAAACGAUCCAAAGAGCAGCAGCCGCAGCAGCAGCAGAAUAGCAGGACACAGCUGCUGGAUAACACUCACACGAAAACAUUCCGUCGGCGGAGCGCAAGAGAUGAACAGACGAAACCUAUCCCAGCCACUAGACCCUUGAAUAAUAUAUCCGAGACGACUCCUAACCUGGUCAAUGAUCGAUCAUGUCAAGCAUCGGGCCCGGGUCCUAACAUACGCUUCGCCUAUACGACUUCAGACGCGAGUUUUGAACCAGAGGCCAGACAUAGUACCUAUAUGCGAUUGAAGUUAUUACACAGGACGCACGUGAAGCGGCGCCAGUGGAUUCCACCACCUUCAGGAGAAGACAAGAACCUGGUUUCGCCAAAUGUCCACGUUUGA